GCGGCUGCUCACUCCGUCCCAUUACCAUGGGGACUGCUCGUACACAGCUUCCUUUACCCUUCCACCUUGUACCGACCCUCCAACGGGACUGGCUCCCGCUUAGGAGGGCCUGGCCCUGUGGCGGAUGCCCAUGAACAUCGAGGCCCCAACAAAGCUGGCCGUGGGCAGAGUGAGGUUCUUCGGUCAACACCGCGGGGAGGUCAACUGCUCUGCCUUCUCCCCUGAUGGCCAGACCCUGCUCACAGCCGCAGAUGACGAGACCAGGAGCAGGCGGCUGCUGUGGAGAACGGCAGGCCACAGAGAGAACCUAGGUGGGCAGUGCCGGUGUCACAGGAAGGAGGGGUCUGAAUCUGAUGAUCCUGUGUUCCCUGCCUCUUCAGGCCUAGUCAAGUUCUGCCGCUUCUCCCGAUGGCCGCCUGGUUGCCAGCACCUCUGUGACCACACUGUUUGCCUGUGGGAUGUGACAAGAUUCAAGUGUCUGCAUGUGCUGAGAGGUAAAAGGCGGAGUGUGGAGACAGUCAGCUUCAGCCCUGACUCAAGGCAGCUGGCAUCAGGUGGCUGGGACAGGCAGGUCAUUCUCUGGGAGGGACAGUCUGGCCAAAACGUUCACCUUGAUUCUGUGCAGAGCAGUGACUUCUCCCCCACUGCAAACGCUUUGGCCACUGGCUCCUGGGACUCAACUGUGCACAUCUGGGACCUGCGGGUGGCAACCCGCUGCUUAUGCUACUCAGCAUUUGGCCUCUUGGCAUCUGGCUCCUGGGACAAGACCAUCCACAUCUGGAAGGCCACAACCAGCAGCCUUCUUUUCCAGCUCAAGGGACAGGUCACCUGGGUGAAGAGCCUAGCCUUUUCUCUCAACGAGCUGAGGCUAGCCAGUGCUGGUUACUCCUACACAGUCAAAGUCUGGGACUGCAACACAGGAGAAUGCUUGGACACCCUAAAGGUAAGGUACAGUGCUGACUGGCAGGACCCGCCAACCCUGACUCUGAUGCUGUGCUACCCACAGGGCCUGCUCCAUGUGGCCCACGCGUCUGUUUUCACCCCUGACGGCAAACUCUUAGUGUCAGGAGCUGCUGAUAUGGCAACAUGACAAGCCUACUGCUCAAGUCUCAAGAACCUCUUCUGCCUAACUUACCACAGAAAGCAGCCACCAGAUUCCCACCCCCAG